AUGAAGGGGAAAAAAGGAAGAGAUAUGGGAGGGAUAAAAACCUCGUCCAUAGCCACAUCUCCACGAGACUCCUCUGCCUCCUCCACUUCCUCCUCGCCCUCUCUCUAUCCCUCCUCUUACAGUUCCAUUCAUUCUCCACCACUCCUCAGCACCAACUUUCUCCCCUCAUCGUGGUCCCCAUCGUAUCGGUCAUCGGAUACCCACGCGAGGGACCAACUAGAGACGUUAAUCGCCAGACACGGUAGCCCCACCCGCGUUUCGCUGUCUUCCUUGGAAGACUUGACGGCAACCUCCUCCACAUUUAACCCCCCGUCACCGCACCGUUCGGAUUCCCCUCUGGCCGAAGCGAUUGACUCCUUGGACUCCCUCACCCUCGCCAGUCCUGUCUCCCGACCGAUUCCUAUUCCCAAACCAUCCCACCACACCCACCAAGACGAUCUCCCCGUCACUCCGCUGACCGGGCGUUUUGACAAAGGGUACUACUUUGCCCACCGUCGUCCGUCCUCCGACCGGAACGGCGACUCCCACCCUCGCCGACGCAGCGAUCAAUCCAGUCAUCGCGUCCGCCGUGGUCACACGUCCAGAAUGCGUGCCGACAACUCGUCCUUCUACUCCCCGGUUGUGUCACCCACCAUGACCCCCUCCGGGCGCUCCUCUUCUCCCCAGCCGACUCAUCCCCGAGGUUCAUCGACCUCCAAAUCCGUCCCCUCCUUUCCCCUGGACAGCCUCCCCGGUUCCACCCUACCGUCUACCCGCCCACGAGCGGCUCGCAGGUCUCGUCACUAUACCUACCGUACGCCCUCGGCGGGGUCUCGAGAUCCCGUGCGCCAGUACCGAGAGAUGAUGGAGGGCGUCUCGGCCUAUCGGCCGCCCUCCCGACCGCUCUCCCCCAGUCCGUCGGCUCCGCGCCUGGAUCCCCUUUGCAGCCCGGGGCCCGUGACCCCGCUGGUCCUGGAGGACGCUGGAGGCUACUUUCCCUCCGGUGUUGCCAGUGCUGAUCCAUGUUUGGGCAACCAGCCAGCCGGGUCGGAUGUUCUCGAGCGGCGUCGCGCCCAUGAGAACGAGCGGACUCGCCAGAAGGCGCGAAAGACUCCCAAGGGUCGGUGA